CAGAGACUUCGUGUGGAAGCUAAACUAUUCGGCAGGUCAGUCUGCCUCGCUGAUAUGCCACCACGGAACCCAGCAGUGCUAUGACUUAGGCAACAAUACGACAGUUUCUUAUUUUAGAAACUCUUCCGGCAAAGUGACCAGUCGGCUGACUAUACACCCCGUGACCGGGGUACACCGUGACAUCACUAUCACCUGUGGCCACUCCAACAGAAACGGAACAAACUUUACUCAGCUUCGAUCAUGUCGCCUAGAGGUUUACCAAAAACCCGAAAAUGCCGAGUGCAAUGCGCGUAAAAUGGACAAGAACAGUGUCCGAAUAUCCUGCACGGUGGGUCGGAUCUUCCCAGGGCUCCAGUGUCAGGUCAUUGAGCAUACCCCUUUCCCAGGGACCCCUCCUGUUCUCAGACCGGAGGCCGCCACUGUCUACGAGUCGACGGCUCGGUUCUACAACAGUGAGGAAGAACGAUACUUCCGCGAGUCUUGUUCCAUGGACCUACUGGUAACGAAGACCGGGAGCUACGUCUACACAGUGGUGGUGUCGCCGGACGUUCAGUCCAACCACAGCGCGUCUCUUGUGGUCAACGUGGACGGAGUUAUUACCAUCGAGCGCCCAGCAGUCGUUGUCCGAAUAAAAGGACCCGAGAAGCCUGUGGAUCUGUGCUCUCACACCAGCAACGCCAAAGUCCGCCUGGAAUGUGAAGCUGAUGGCUACAACGUCAUGCCGCAAUUCCACUGGAGAAUUGGGAAAGAUGUGGUCGGGCAAAAAGGAAGUAAAAGAUUUGCCGUUUUUGGAAAUAAUCGGAAAUUGAGUUUUUUCAAGUCAACUAUAAACAUUUCAGUGAACAGAGAGCAGAAUCAAGCAAAAAUCAAAUGCAUAGUGUCGCCAAAUAGGAGAAAAGACAGAAUCUACCCCGAAAUAAAACACGAUUUAUAUGUCCUUAAACUUCGCUGGCCCCCGCCCGACCCUCCGAUGUUCAUUGAUUCAAGAGGACGUCUUCUCAACGGCAGUGUGAAUCUCUCUAACACGACCUCGGGAAAAUUUGCCUGUGACGUCACAGGGGGUCAGCCUGCCGUGACUUCUACAAGCGUCAUAUGUCUGAGGCUGGGGGUGGAAAGUGAAGCAGAUGAUGGUGAGCAUACUGCACGUGUCAACGUCACUUCUUUGGGACAGCGUGUCAAACUCUUAGCGCGUCACCGCCUCAGGGGAGAGUAUGUCUGCACGUGCAUUGCUGCCCACGUGACUGGAUGCUACCAAACCUCCUCAGUGCUAGUUGUGCGGUCUGGAAACGGCGUAACUUCAGGGUUCAGGCAACGGGACCUACGAUCUACUCCCCCUGAAAUCUUCUAUCUCCACUUAUUUCUCUGGACUACCGUUGCCUUGGGUAUAAUUGCCUUCGUCACCUUCGUUGCCAUUAUUGUUUAUAUGGUGGUAAGAAAACGUAAACCCACGAAGCUUAAGCCGUUUCUGUGUGGCGUGGUGCAUUCUUAUGAGUCAGUCUGCAGCAUACAUGUCCGCACUAACGUCACCACCCGGAUGUUGCCGUACGCCGAAACGUCUGUCUGGCCGGAACCAGCCACAGAUCCAGAUGGCUACCUUCAGUCUUUUGAUCGAGACAUUAGAAAGCCGCCACAGGAAAACGGCUCCCGUCUCAACGAGAACGAGUAUCUCUCCCCGUGUUCUUCUCUGUGUUCUCUACAUGGUGAAUCUUUCCAAAAAGUACAGCCUAUUUUGGACAGUAUCGAACGUCCUGAAAUUGGUAAUGACAGUGCCUCUGUAGAUAAAAUAAGUAACAUUUCGUCGUUCACCUCAUCACAAGAAGAUAAUAAUAUACAUGAUGUAAGCCAUUUCAUGAAUAACGCCGAAGUGAUUUUCAAAGAGGACAACACGUUUGUGCAAAAUUGGAUUCAAUCAUCUUGUCCGGAAAGUCUUGAAGAAGAAGAUUUCGAAAAAGAAAAGCGUUCUAUGAAGGAGGGGGAGCUUAGUUUUUGUUUUCAGUCGGAUAGUGACCUAAAAUAUUUUUAUUUCGAUAAGACAUGUCUUUUUGAAGAAAACAGUCCAGCAGAAGUAACUUGCCCUGAAGAUGUCAUGGACAUGAGUGAACUAUACGACUACAUCUGUGACGUAGACAAUUGUGAGAUUCACGAAACAAGCAGUGACGUAGACAUCUGAUUCUCUGAUGUAAAUUACUCAGUCAAGACAAAUAAAUGCGCUUUGAGUUUUCUUCAAAUUGUUGGUAACUUUUGAAGACCAGAAGCAAAAAAAAAAA